AUGAAGCGCGCCCACGGCAUCGCUCCCAAUGCAGCAACCGUCAAGCCCGCACCACGAAGUCUUAAGCCAGUGCGCACUGAGCCAACCCAAUCUUCAUCAACCACUCCCAAAGCCAAGAAACGCAAGACCGAUCACUUCCUCGAAGAAAACACAGCCGAAGACGAUGAUGAGGGCUUCGGCACUGUCAAGACGGAGCCAGUUGUGGCAAAGACAGAGCAACUGGAAGUCAAAGCAGAGGUGGAUAAGAAACAUCAACCUGGCCAACUCAGUCUCGACGAAACCGCCAAUCUGCUGCAAUACUACGAUACGCCAACUCAAUAUGCUGCCAUCGGAAUGGGCAUGAAUGACGGCUACAAUGGGGAUUAG